UAUCUGCAUUGACGAAAGUUGAACCUUUGCCUCAACUAUUCGUCAACCCUUUUUAUAACUCCUGUACCAAGUCCUUUACCACUCUAGCUCUUACAAAAAGUGUCUUGUACAAGCACAAGAUCAGCCAUAUAUAUUUCCCGAAGAGAGCUAGCCGUGGGAAGCAGCUAAGGGAACCUUUGUGAAGUUUCCUUUUUGAGACCCCUGUGAUUCCGCAACGGUCAUAAUCUGCAAGCUCAGACUUGACCUUCCAUGAAUACUCCAACAACCCUCUAUCCCCUCUUCUGUUUGUGCUCUGCACAGAGGGGUUUGCAGCACUCUUGUGUAGGGCGAUCGCAGAUAAGCGGCUGGCAGGGGUUAAGGUGGCUCCUCAUGCCCCCCGAAUCUCACAUUUGUUUUUUGCCGUUCGGUUAAGGAAUGUGAUAAUUUGAUUGAGGUACUAAAUGAAUACGAGGAACUUAGUGUUCAGCGCGUCAAUCUGGCUAAAUCAGCGGUCUGCUUCAGUAAGAAUAUUGCUAUGCCUGAGCAAGAAUUCUUAGCUACGAUUCUGGGAGUUGGAGCAGUAGGGGUGCAUGAUAAGUAUCUGGAGCUCCCCACUUUGAUUGCUCAUUCUAAAAUGGAGACUUUCCGGUAUUUAGAGGAAAAGUUGUUGGAAAGGUUACAGGGAUGGAAGCGGAGGACUUUGUCUUGGGAAGCUAGGAGACUCUGAUUAAGUCCAUUGCCUUGGCUUUACCGCUACAUGUGAUGUCUUGUUUCAAGCUGCCUCUCUCGUUGUGUUGCCUAUUGGACAAACAUGUAGCUCGCUUCUGGUGGGGUGAUAAUGAGGGCCACUCGGGAAUCAGGUGGAUGGCCUGGCGUGACAUGUAUAGGUAUAAGCAUGAGGGGGGAUGGGUUUCCUUCGGUUUGAGAAUUUUAAUCAAGCUCUUUUAGCCAAGAUUGGCUGGCGUAUCCUUGUUGAACCUCAUUCUCUUCUGGCCCAAGUCUAUAAGGGCAAGUAUUUCCCCUCUGGGCAGUUCCUCACCGCUAAACCUCGGUCUCGCCCAUCUUGGGGUUUGCAAAUCAUCUUGUAUGGUCGGGAAUUAUUGGAGAUGGGCCUUAGAUGGCAAAUUGGGAAUGGGUGAUCAGCGUCUCUACUUCGGUCCCCCUGGAUUCCUCAACUGCAGCUUGACCCUCCGAGGUAUAAUCCUGUGGUUCUACCAGAGGGGGUGAUCCUACAGUGGCUGAGGUAAUUUGUCAAGGGGAGGGGCAUUGGUGUGAUCUCAAACUCAGUCAGUGGUUUGAUCCACCUACUUGGCGUAUUAUAAAAACUAUUCCCCUACCCCGAUAGAACCUGGAGGAUAAAUUGAUAUGGCAUGAUACUCCGGACGGGGUGUUCUCGGUCAAGUCAGCCUACCAUUUCGCCGUCUCCCUAGAUAAGAGAAAGGGUCGGUGGAAGGCGUCGGCUAGUUGGAUGGAUAGGUCCAGUUGAAUUCGUUUGUGGGAGGCGAAUAUCCCCCCUAAGCUAAAGGUUUUUGUUUGGAAAAUUAUGAAUCGAAUCCUCCCCACCACAGAGGCCCUCAUUGAUAGGAAAGUCCCUAUUCUUCCUUGUUGUCCGGUCUGUUGGGGUGGCCGGAAACUAUGGAGCAUCUGUUUCUGGAUUGUCCUGUUGCGCGUGCGCUUUGGGGGUAUUCGGGGUUAGAAUACUUAAGGGAGGGUUGCCUCGGCAUACUUUCCCUCUGUUUCUUAAGUGUUUAAUGGUUUUAAUCCAGCAGUUGACGCUCCUUAUGACAGUUGUCUCCGUCCCAUGGCGCAUAUGGAGGUCUCGAAAUUUGGUGGUCUUUGAAGGCAAGCAGUAUGGGUUCCCUGCGUUGAUGCGCCAGUUUUCCCAACAAUAUGAGGAAUGGGUGGGGUUGCCGAUGGAUGCGUCCCCCCCCCCCCAGCAUUCUCUCCAAGUGGUUCAACAACCAGGAAUGCUGGAUCCGACUGCUGGGGUUGCUUGUCAAUGGGACGGGGCUACCAGGAAGGGAUCACAUUCGGUAGGUGGGUUGGUUCUUCCGACUCCGAUUGGGGGUGUUCUUAUGGCUAGAGGGGUUCAGUUCCAUGGGAUUGAUGCCCAUCUGUGGUAGAGCUGCUUGUGCUCUGUGAGGCUAUUUUUUUAUGUUUAGGCCAUGGUUUCACGGAGAUAAGAUUCGAAGGGGAUGCCAAGGUGAUCAUUGAUAAAAUCAACCGUAGUCAUAACCGGAUGGGUGCCAUCUUGGAAGAAAUUUUACAAGUUUUUGGUAGCAACCCUGGGUUUAGUGUUCGAUUUAUAGGUCGACGUAGUAAUAGGGUAGCCCAUAUGGUGGCUAGAAAAGCCCUCUCUUUGUACCCGACUAUGAGUCGUUUCUUUGAUUUUUGGGUUUGGCUGUUAUCCAGGAUGUAACUAUCUAUGUUUUGGUAUCAAUAUAUGAUUAUCUUUUAU